AUGAUAGUGCCGCUAAUUAUUGUGGCCGCCGCAGUAUGUUCGGCGGGCGCACUUGCGUACAAGGAGCGCGAUGUGAUCUGCGAUUACGUGGAGCACAAGCUCAUGGAGAGACGGCUUCGCAAGCGAGCUUCUGCCGUGCCAGCCUCAUAUGAUCGGGAUGGAGGGCACUCAGAUUCAGAUCAAGCGACACAGACCCAGACACAUACCUCUCAAUCACAAGUGCAUUUGCAUUCGGCUGUCGGAUCAGAGGAGCCACACAAGGACGACUACACCGAGGAGAUUGAAAUGUCAUUCAGAAGACGCAACAAGAGAGGCACAAGCAUAGGCUCGGACAAGACGGUGGGCUCCAGCGACCCCAGCAACUCCUACAACUCGUUUCACAUGCCGGAACCGCCACAAUCGGACACUCAGCAAUAUUGGAGCAGCUCGAGCCAGUCAUCAGACACCAGUGGUUCGGUAACACAAAAUAGACGAGGAUACCCACGUCAGACGUAUGGGCAUGGCCAUGGACAGCAGCGUGCAGGGGCACGUCCUGCCUCCAUUGUUUCAGAGCAGCCAUCGCUCAGUUAUUCAGCCAACAGUCAUGGGGAAAGCACAUGGGGCUCUUCGGCAUCCGAUAUUUCGUCCGACUACGAUUUUGCCGACGAACGGACUUCUUCCGAGGGAGAAAAUGUGGUUGUAGUUGACCCUUCAGCCCCUUCCCUGUAUGAAUACCACGACGUGAAUACUCCAUAA